CGUGGGGCGGCCGGGCAGCCAUGGCGGCCCCGCUGGCGGCUCCGGGGGCGGCGGCGGCGGCGGGGGGCGCGGGGCGGGGCGGGCGCGGGCCGGCGCUGCGGGAGGGGGCGCGGGUGUCGGCGCUGUGCCUGGCCUGGUACGGGCUGAGCGCCGGCGGGAACGUGGUGAACAAGCUGCUGCUCGGGGGCUUCCCGCGGCCCGUCACCGUCUCGCUCUUCCACAUCCUGGGGCUGUGCGGGCUCCUGCCGCCGCUGCUGCGCGCCUGGCGGGUCCCGCCCGCCGGCCCGGCCCAGCUGCCGCCCCGCGCCUACCCCCGCUACAUCCUCCCGCUCGCCUUCGGCAAGUACUUCGCCUCCGUUUCCGCGCACGUCUCGCUCUGGAGGGUCCCGGUCUCCUACGCGCACACAGUGAAGGCGACGAUGCCGAUAUGGGUGGUUCUUCUGUCACGGAUCAUCAUGAAGGAAAAGCAGACGACGAAGGUGUACUUGUCUCUGAUCCCCAUCAUAACUGGUGUCCUGUUGGCCACUGUCACAGAACUCUCUUUUGACAUGUGGGGACUCAUCAGUGCUCUUGCUGCUACUCUGUGUUUUUCUCUGCAGAAUAUCUUCUCAAAGAAGGUGUUAAGAGAUUCCCGGAUUCAUCAUCUUCGAUUGCUGAACAUCCUUGGGUGCCAUGCUGUGUUCUUCAUGAUCCCAACGUGGGUGUUGGUUGAUCUUUCUUCCUUCUUAGUAGAGAAUGACUUGAGCUCCAUGUCUCAUUGGUCCUGGACCUUGAUGCUGCUCAUAAUCAGUGGAUUCUGUAAUUUUGCCCAGAAUGUCAUUGCCUUCAGUAUUCUUAACCUGAUCAGCCCUCUGAGUUAUUCUGUUGCAAAUGCCACAAAGAGAAUCAUGGUCAUCACAGUGUCCCUGAUAAUGCUCCGCAACCCGGUGACCAGCACCAACGUCCUGGGGAUGAUGACAGCCAUCUUUGGGGUCUUCUUGUAUAACAAGACAAAAUACGAUGCAAACCAAGAAGCAAAGAAGCCAGUACUUCCAGUGACAACUGGAGACCUGGUGAAUUUGGACCGACAUCGAAACACUCCUGAGAAGUCUCAGAAUGGACUCACAGCUUUUGCCCAACACGGAGACUAUCAGUACGGCCGGACCAGCCUCCUCACAGACCACUUCCAGUACAGCCGGCAAAACCACCCCACCACCUACAACCUAAAUCGUUUUGAUAUCUAGAACCCUGGCCAACAGGUAGAGACUGUCAUCUCAAAGUGUCCCCAACAUUAUCAGAAACUUUUGAGUACAUCCAUGAAUGUAAAGCCAUUUUUAUCGUGCAGGUUUGGCAGGAGGGGAGGUGCAUGUGUGGUGACAGUGGGGCAGACCUUCCGCCUCGGCUCCGCGGAGCCUGGCCCGUGAGACAGCUAGAUCUGACACUGGAACGAAAUGCACAGGGUAGCUCUUGUGCUGAGACCCUGGGGAAAUGCACCUCCAAAACUUCAAACUAUCUGCUAUCACUGCUCCUUUCCACAGUCUGUCAACUGAUCGUUCUCUUGGCAGCUACAUUCUGGCCAGUAUUUUGUUUCCACGCUGGUAACAUCACCUUUCAUUUGUUCUUUGAUGUGUUCUAAUGAUACUUUCUUUGAAGGCAACUUUCAGAAGGAAGUGGGAACUAAGGCCUACCUCUGGAUUUGUCUGUUUGGGAGGGGAUUGACUGAUGUGUAGCAGUUGCAGAUAGGUUGACCUGAACUCAGCUUGAGCACCCAUGAAACUUCCCGUGGGCAUAAACUACUUCUGUGCCUGUGCCUUCAGGUUUUGAUGACAAACCAGGAGAGUUUGUGAGGGAGCAGAGAGUGGAAAGAUGUGUCUGUCACUUCAAGAAGCAGACUUCAGGUGUAGAGAAACAGAACUCUCUAAAAUCACUGUUGUCCCAAUCACUGUAGGUAACAACCAGAGCAUAAGAUCAUAAUUGUUCUCUAAACAAUGUAGUCCUGUAACUUCAGACAUUGCUCUUCCUUGGCAAUACAGAAAACACCUUCACAAAUAAAGCAUUUGGAAUAAUAUCAUAUUUUUUUUUCACUUGCUUCACACCUGCUCUUACAAAGCUCUUUUCUUGCUUUAGAAAUGGAAAGGUUUAAGGUGUUUUCUUCUCAGUUCUGUGCAUAAAUUAUGCUGUAUUUAUGAUUCAUAUAUUAUGAAUGCAUUAAUUUGAAUAAUCAUCGUUCUUAAUUGAUUCUUAAGUCUAUCUUCUUAGCCCCUAAUUGUUUUAAGUUUCUUAAUUACUGCUGUUGGGUUUGCUUUGUGCAUUCAGCCUGACUUUCACUUUCAAAGGAAUUACAUUUUCUAUCCUGCUCUGUUCCUGCAGCUCCCCUGGCUUGAAUAGUCAAGUGAUAGGAAAAAAAAUACUUGAAUCAGCAGUAAAUGGAUAAUUUAUGAUUAAAAAGAAGUGAUUAGGUUAGUAUAAGGGAACAUAUUUAAAUCUAGACAAGUAGUUGUGUGUCAGGUACUGCAUUUGGGCAUGAAAGGGGUGAAACCAGCUGAACUGGGGUUUCACUGGAUCAGGCUGUUACUGCUUUAGCAAAAGUUUUUAGGGGCCUUCUUUCCUUAACAGAAAAGCUGUUGUACAGUGAGAUUUUUGAUAGCAUAACUAUUAUGUUUUUAUUAGAGAGGUAUUAGAUACCAGUGACAAUAUUUAGGGUGUGUUACAGAACACUCCACCUAUUUAUUGCUUUACAAGUGACCAUUUCUGUGAUGUGAGAUGAUGAUUUGGCUCCUUUCUGGAUAAUAAAGGAGUUAUUUAUAAGUGCAAAGUCAAGCUGAUCUUGUUCUUUGGGCUGACUGUGAAGGUAGUUAUGUCACCUGCCUGCCACCAAACAGUCCAAAAGAGGAAAUGGUCCUUCUGAAACUUCAGACAUGGGUUAAAUAUGCUGCUAAUAUUUGUGAGCAGAACUUCCUUGACUUGACUGGAGUAGGAUCUGUUCAUGUUAGCUUACAACUUUGGCUUUUAGUUUGGAAAACCUAAAUAAAUUGUUCCCUAAACCUGGUUAAUAAGAGCAAGAUCACAAGGAAAGCAUUCUUUGAGAUGAAAUAGCUUUUGUUCCAGUAUUAUGUAUAAUGAUCUAUUUUUAAUAUGGGAAAGUGCAAAAUGCAUCUUUCUAAGGCUCACUGCCCAAUGUUUAAGUGCUUUUACAGACAUGUGAAGGGGUUCUGUGGGCUCUGGACUUGGAUUAGGUUCUGGCUCUGCAAAAGACUUAUUUGAGGGUGAGACAUUUAGGCUGAGAUUUUGAAGAGGGGCUGAGGUUCUCCAGCUGCUUUCAAAGGGAGCUGGCUGUAACUUGUCAGACUCCUCCAAAUGCUUCAUUGUGUUCUUUGUGCCUCAGUUUCCCACCUGGAAAAUUAAGAUUAUUCUUCCCUCCUUCACAGGGGGAUGAAAUACCAGAAAAAAAGCAGCUGUGGGUGUCCCAGGGAUGUAGAGGCAUUCUGUGAGUUGAGCUCUGGUGUGGAACAUCUUCAUACAACUGGAGUUGUUACUUGGAAUAAAGCUCCACAUACUUUAUUCACAGAUCAGAGGCUUUAUUAAAUAUAUUUAGAUUGUUUCCUGAAGCUCACUGUCUCUCUGAAACAGAACUACUGUACUUGAAGAGCAAAGAGGUACUGACCCAAACUGAGGAUAUCACCUACUCAGGGCCCAGAGAGGGAAUCUCUUCCCUGGAGACUUCCUGACAAGUGUUCAUGUUCCUCCAGUUCAGGUCUGUGGUCAACAGGGAUCAUUUUGUCUGGUAGAACAUAUAAUUAAAACAGUUAAGUGAACUGAGGAGGUGGUUUUGCUGAGUACCUGAAUCCAAGUCCCUAAGCAAUACUGCCCACAUUCAGGCAAAGGAAGUUUCUGGUAACUGUUGUAAGAUACAUUUUAAUCUCGGGGCUCUGGGAGGUUUUGUUUGGCAAAGUGAAACAUUUGUUUUAACCUGGUUUGUAAAUUAAUGACGUGUCUGACUGUGUACAUAGGUCUGUAGCAAGUAUGGAAACACUGGAAUAAAAAGGGCAUAUCUAGA